CUGAAACUGAAACUGGCUUAAAAAUACUUUCAAUUUCAAAAUCUCAGGCUUGAAUAACAACUGCGUUAUUCCUCUGACAUUUUUAGUUCAUCUGGAAGGUUCGAACGUUUGGCUGUCACCAUUUUCAUAUUUCUGGAAGCUGUGAUCAUACUUCGAAACCACUUGACCAUGGAAUCACCUAUGUGCCUCGUCGAAAAUGCUAACGGCGAACUUCGUGUAGUCCCCGAGGCCAUCCAGUACUUACAGGGACUGAACCAGGAUGUCGUAGUAGCGGCGGUGGUCGGGAUGUACCGCACUGGCAAGUCUUAUCUCAUGAACAAGCUGGCUGGUAAAAGAAAUGGUUUUGCCCUUGGAGCCACCAUCCAGUCCAAGACCAAGGGCAUCUGGAUGUGGUGUAUACCUCACCCUGUAAAAACAGCCCACACCCUGGUGCUGCUGGACACAGAGGGUUUGGGGGACGUGGAGAAGGGGGAUUCUAAGAAUGAUGCUUGGAUCUUCUGCCUUGCCAUUCUGUUAAGCAGCACUCUGGUCUAUAACAGUAGAGGGACUAUUGACAAUCAAGCCCUGGAACACCUGCAAUAUGUGACUGAGCUGACCGACCGGAUCAAGGUGAAGAGUUCCAGUGCAGCUUCCUCCCCUGAUGAGGAAGAGGAAGGAGAUGAUGCCGAAUAUGUCCAGUUAUUUCCUAAUUUUGUCUGGGCCGUCAGAGAUUUCACUCUACUGCUUGAAAUCAACGGCAGAAAUGUCAGCGAAGACGAGUAUCUGGAGCAUGCCCUGGAACUUAAAAAAGGCGGUGGUUUGAAGAACACGAUGUACAACCUCCCACGAGAGUGCAUCCGGAAGUACUUCCCCUCACGUCGGUGCUUUGUGUUCCCCACCCCAACCACUCCUGACAAAAUGCCCCACCUGGACUCCAUGGAUGAAAACGACCUCUGUGGAAGCUUUCUAACGGUGGCAAAUACUUUCUGUAGCUUCAUUCUCCAGACGAGCCGUGUGAAAACUGUGAAAGGGGGCCGCCGAGUUACUGGGAGAAUGCUCGGGUACUUGGUGAACUCUUACGUGUCGACUAUAGCCAAAGGACAUGUGCCCUGCCUGGAGAAUGCGGUGCUGGCCAUGGCCCAAAUUGAGAAUCAGGCUGCUGUAGAUGAAGGCCUAGCAGAGUACCGGGAGGGUAUGGAGAAGGUGAAGGCCUUAUUUCCUUUAGACAUGGAUCAUAUUUCAGCUUAUCACCUCCGAUCAGACCACCAGGCGACGCAGGUGUUCAUGAAACGAUCCUUCAAAGAUGAAAAGGGAGAUUACUUGAAAGCUCUCGCGGAAGCUAUUUCAGAGCUGUAUGCUGACCUUCUCGUCAAGAAUGAGGAGGCCUCAGAGACGAAGUGUAAGGCCCUUUUGGAGCAGCUGUCUACUUCAAUAGCCAACAACAUUACAAAGGGGAUGUACGCUGCACCGGGAGGCUAUGAGCUUUACUGCAAUCACCAUGAUAACUUGGUGGCCCAGUACAGGGCCGAGCCCAAAAAAGGAGUUAGGGCUGAGGAGAUUCUGGAUCAGUUCCUGAGGGAUAAGAGUCAAGAGAAGAAUUCCAUUCUGCAAGCUGACAAAAAACUGACAGAAAAUGAGAAAAAGAUCUACGAGGAAAAAGAGAAGAGAGCCUUGGCUGAACAGGCAAUUAAGAUGGAGAAAGAGAAACAGGAACAGUUAGAGAAGCAGAUCCAGGACAGCGAGAGGAGUCAUCAGGAGAACAUCUGUCUGCUGGAGGCUAAGAUGGCCCAGGAGGCAAAGGACAAGCAACAGGAGUUGGAGAAAGCGAUAGAUAGUAAACUCCAGGAACAGGAGAAGAUGAUGACUAAGGGCUUCUCAGAGAAAGAGGCAGCUAUGAAGGAGGAGAUAGAACACCUGAAAGAGGCGUCAAACAACGCAGAGGAGCAGUCUCACCGCGUCAGAGAAAUAGCACGAGGUAUUAUAGAGGGCAUAAGCAGUGGCAUAGCGAAUUACUACAGUUAUAGAAAAGCCCGUGAGCAACGCAAGGCAGUUGUGUUCAAGGAGAGUGCCAAAUACUCCACUGCUAAACUCAAAUCAGGAGCAGUUGGCAAUACCUCUGACAUGGAACGCAAGCAAAACUAGACAGCUGGAGUUGUUGGCAACUCUGAGAACAACUACAUUCCAUCUAAGGGCAACACAGGUUCAACUGUCAAAGGCACAGAGGUUUAACACGUACUGAUAUCAUUCAAUAAUAUUUAACAUUUAUCAUAUUUUAUAAAUCCUUUCAUUACAGAAGAUAGUAAAUUGCUUGAAGAGAUACCAAGCCUAAAACCCUAAAGAGCAAGCAAUAUUAUAUAGUUUAAAAAAACUCUACCAAUGUCAGAACCUAGGUGGCAGCUGGUAAGCUGUGGAUAAUCUUUAGACAGAAAUUAGUCCAACAACAGGAUCAGGUGGACAAUUCCUAAACUAAAACUGAUCCUAGAUUUGUGCUUUGUUUUCUUGGAGGGUAAAAUAAAUCAGCUUAUUGAACCUGUCAAAAAUCAUGCAUUGUUCAAUAUUACAGUAUCUGUUUAAGUCUGCUAGAAUAAAAAUAAAUGUAGCUUCAAUGCAUUUCUCACUGUAUUGUGAUUGUUGUUUUACUAAACCUAAUCUCAACACAAAAGAACUCAAUGGGUAGAACUCGCUUCAACACCACCAGCUGAAUCAAAAGAAGCACAGGCAUUCACAUGAAGAGGCACUUCCUUUCCUCUUAUAUACAUUUAAUCAAAUACAAACCAAAAGUACAUCAGCAGCAGGACUUUAAGGAAAUAUAAUGAUGGAAUGACAUGAGCACACUAUACACAGAUGACCUGUACCCAGGAUCAUCUUCAGGGCUUGGACAAGACAUGCAGGAAUUAUGUUUAUCUAAACUAGAUCUCCCAGAGUCUGCUGUUUGAACAAACCACACACACCUAAGGUGUGAUCAAGCCGAAUUAAUAUGGAGUUAGCCACCUUACUUUAAAAGAGAGACAGACUGUAGACACGCAGAGUAAACACCCAGUUCAGCGCCAACCUGUGAAAAUGAACAACACUGACUCUAAUGUAAGCAGACAAAGACUGGUACACAGGCUACAAAAACAAAUCAUGCUAAACUCCUUUCAAAUGAUUUCAGCACUCAUUCAAUCCAAUUUCAGAUCAUGCAAAUCAAUCCUGGUGUGUGGAUCAGCAUUAGGCAUGUACACCUCUUAACCCACACCCAUGAUAAUAACAUAUGAUUCUAUACUGUACAGAGGGCGUUCAGUGAGGAAACAGAAAAGUACAUCUCUGUAAGCCAGUGACUGACCUCUACUGUGAAUAGCAUUAGAGACUGAUUAACUCCAUUCUUCAGUAGAGCUGUAUGAGGCCGAGGAUAUAAGUGACUUCAUUCAUUAAUCAGCAUGCUAGACUUCACGAAAAAGAGCCAUAGAUAAUAAUCUUCAUCAGAAUAGAACAAAGCAGACAGAGAUUUACAUUAGUGGCAGAAAACCAGUGCACACAUUUGAAUCCCACUAACUCUCUAUUCACUGAGAAUGUUAAACAUGAUACAUACGAAAAAUAACACAAAAGCCCUGAUUCAUAGUCCUAUCAGUCAGUGAUAAUGACCUUGAUAAUACGUGUGUAUUACAUGAGAGAUGCCGCAA